CUAUAUUUGAUGAUAAAGAAAACAAAGAAUAAGAAAGAACUCAUCUAAUGAUUCUCCGGUUGAAGUCCUUCGCUCUCACACUCAGCAGUCACCAGUUAACCUAAAGCAAAGAUCGAGAAUGGGGUUUGAGCAAUUAGUCAUUCUGCCAAAACCCUUUAAUCUCACUCCUAACGCCCCAGGAGAUUCCCAUGUCCCUGCUAUGUCCCUCCGUGUUCAGCCUUUUACUCUCAAGCUUUCAUCACUGUCAUCAUCUUCUCAUAAAAGCACCCGAUUAAUCUAUUGCCGCCCGCUCAGCUACUCAAACGACUACCAAAACGGCAACAGUUCCGAUGCCGUCGUUUUCGAGUACAAUCAAUUGGGGGCAUCUCAGUACCCCCGGCCCUCCGAGAUUCAAUGGAAGAAGGAGCUUUGCAAUUCUGUGCAACUCAUCGGCAUCGUUGCGGUUCCAGUCCAAAUCAAGCACCUUCCAUCUGGGAAGACCUUAGCUUGGACACGCCUAGCUGUCAAGAAAUCUGCCAGCGAGACCACCUGGAUUAAUGUGAAUUUUUGGAAUGAAUUGGCUCAUGUUGCUUUCCAACACGUUGAGAAAGGUUGCCAAAUAUAUGUAUCUGGUCGCUUAGUAUCAGAUACUGUUGAAGGGGAUGAUGGUAAACAACAGACUUACUACAAGGUGGUUGCUCAAGAAAUUAAUUUUAUUGAAAGGAAUUCUUCUUCACCUGUGCCAUUAUAUGAUGGGGAAUCUAAUCCCAUGAUAUCAGGCACAAAGCCAAAGAAUUUUGCUGCAAAUAGUACCGGAACCGUGGAGGAGUUAUGGCAAGCAUUCUUUGCUAACCCUAUGGAGUGGUGGGAUAAUAGGAGAAACAAGAGGAGCUCAAACUAUCCAGACUUCAAGCACAAAAGUACUGGUGAAUCAUUGUGGGUGGAAGGCCGGAACAAUCCGCCAUGGGUGAAAUCUCAAUUGGCUAUACUCGACUCUAGGAUGGAAGGUCUUCAAGAUCAAGUUGAUAGUGUGCGUGUAAACUUCAUGACUGUUGAUAAUCACCGACCUCUUUAGCUGCACUUGUAUUUCUCUAAAUCCUCUAAUGUGGAGUUUAAGAUUCAGAUUGAGUUUUCAUCUGUUGAUAAGCUUAUGAUCUUGUAAAUGUGCUUCUAGGGGGUGGUAGUGUGGUAUGGAUGUAGAGUAGUUGUUGGCAUUCAUGUAUGUCCUUUUUUGCCUAUCCAUUGAGGCGUCCUCUAAUUUCCAGCUUGUUAUACAUUUUAGCUUUUAUCAAUGUUUUUGACUA